AUGUAAAGUCAGGUGGUUUCCUGCUUGGCUAGGGCAUUGUGGGGGGACAAAACUCAUGCGUUCAGUCGCCGCUUUACGCCUGGCUUAUAUUUUGUAUUGUUACUACUCAAACCUCUUUUGUUUGUGGAGAUGAUAGGCUAAACUGUGCGGCUGCUAAGGUGGUGUUUGGAGAAGGGAGUUUGGCUAGAGACUGUGGUCAGUUGGACGUGUGGCUCUCAGCCAGAAGCCACAGAGCCAGAAGAGCGCCUUAGUUAAUAUGUAGGGCCUCGUAAUACCCUGAUGGCAGCUGCUUCACGCUUCCAGUGGGUAGUAGGGAUUCACACAUUUUUGGAGGCUUCUUUUCUGGGAGGGUUGAACCCACCUUCCAAGAGCAGCUGGACUACGUGUAAAACAGGAAUUGUGCAUCAUUAUCUUCCACGCUACUCCACUGGCUUCUUUGACAGGAGGUAUUGCCCAAGGUCGCAUUGCUAGUCUUCAACUCCACUAUACCACCCUGCGCGCAACAAAGCAUGGAUGCUCAGGUGGGACCACUUUAAGGGACAUAAAGCGAUGGCUUGAUGAGCAGUUAUGAGCUACCAGAUUGAAUGGGAAUUAUGAUGAAACACGACGUACCAUCAGGGCCCUCAUGGAUCAAACACAGCCCGUGCCAGGUCUUUCCGAAAGCCGCCGGUGAAACUUGGAAAUGGAACAACAAAAGGGAGGGAAGCCAUAUAAUCAGGAAUGUACCUGGUCAUCAAUGGAGAAAGAAGCUGUUGGUCUAAUUCUUCCAUGAUUUCUGUCUUCACGAGGGAAGAUGAGAGACUGCUUGGGCACCAGCACUAGCACCAGGAAUCCCUGCACUGGUUAAAGCCAUCACCGCAACCUGGGCAGGCAGCAAGGGCUCUGGGUUUGCAGAGAGCCGAAAUGACCAUGACUGCGAACAAGAAUUCCAGCAUCACCCACGGAGCUGGAGGCACUAAGGCCGCUCGAGGGACGCUGAGCAGGUCUCAGUCAGUCUCUCCACCUCCAGUUCUCUCCCCACCGAGGAGUCCCAUCUACCCACUCAGUGACAGUGAAACAUCAGCCUGCAGGUACCCAAGCCGCUCCAGCUCCCGGCUGCUCCUCAAAGACUGGCACCCCCGUGACCCCUCACCCCCAAAGCCUCAAACUCCCUCCUCAGACACUUCACCAGCCAUCUGUCCCCUCAAGGCCACCAGCUUUGGUUAUUUGGAUGAAAGCCCUUCAGUGUGCAAGAGAGAAGACCAGGAGAAUGUCCAUGGGGCAGCCCAGGAUGGAGAGGCAGUAGCUGCUUGCCUCCCCCUUGCCCAGAGCACUCCGUCCCUGGGACCUGCAGCUGGUCCACGGAGUGUCUUUCUGAACCGCACUGGCACCCGUGCCCACAGCCUGGGCAUCCGGGAGAAGAUUUCAGCAUGGGAGGGUCGCCGAGAUGCUUCACCAAGGAUGAGCAUAUGUGGAGAGAAACGGGAAGGCUCUGGGGGCGAGUGGGUGGUCAGUGAGGGCUGCCCCAGUGUGGGCUGUCCCAGUGUGGUGCCAUCCCCCUGCAGCUCAGAAAAGACCUUCGAUUUCAAGGGCCUCCGGAGGAUGAGCAGGACCUUCUCUGAGUGUUCCUACCCUGAGACCGAGGAGGAGGGAGAGGCACUCCCUGUCCGGGACUCUUUCUACCGGCUAGAGAGACGGCCAGGCCGGAGUGAGCCCAGUGCCUUCCUCAAGGGGCUUGGCAGCAGGAAGGAGAGCUCAGCAGUGCUGAGUCGGAUCCAGAAAAUUGAACAGGCCCUGAAGGAGCAGCCAGGCCGGGGACUCCCCCAGCUCCCCAGCAGCUGCUACAGUAUAGACCGAGGGAGAAGAAAGCCUGGGACCUUGGGCACCUUGGAGGAACUGACAGGGGGCACGAGUGUGACCGCUGGCAGCUGGGUGGGAGGCGUGGCCAGAGUUGGCGGGGAGGCAGGCCCACCCCCAGAGAAGGAAGGCAGUGGCUCUGCUAAGCCAGGGAUCCCUGGAAAUAGCCCGAGCUCUCACCUGCUGCCAUCGAAGAGCUCCCCUGAUCCCGCUGUGAACCCUGUCCCCAAACCCAAGCGCACCUUUGAAUAUGAGGCUGACAAGAACCCCAAGAGUAAGCCAAGCAAUGGUCUACCUCCUUCACCCAUACCUGCUGCUCCACCCCCCCUGCCCUCCACCCCAGCCCCACCUGUCACGCGGAGACCCAAGAAGGAUACGCGUGGUCACCGCAAGUCCCAGAGCAGAAAAUCCUUUGAGUUUGAAGAUGCAUCCAGUCUCCAGUCCCUGUACCCCUCUUCUCCCACUGAAAAUGGUACUGAGAGCCAACCCAAGUUGGGAUCCAAAAGCACUUUAGAAGAGAAUGCCUAUGAAGAUGUUGUGGGAGAGCUGCCCAAGGAGAAUCCGUAUGAGGAUGUGGAAUUAAAGAGCCGAAGAGCAGGACGGAAAUCCCAGCAACUGUCUGAGAACUCCUUGGACUCUUUGCACAGGAUGUGGAGUCCGCAGGACAGGAAGUACAACAGCCCACCCUCUCAGCUGUCCCUGAAACCCAGCAGCCAGUCCCUGCGGAGUGGGAACUGGUCAGAAAGGAAAAGCCAUCGGCUGCCACGACUACCCAAGAGGCACAGCCAUGAUGACAUGCUGCUGCUGGCUCAGCUGAGCCUGCCAUCCUCACCCUCCAGCCUCAACGAGGACAGCCUCAGCACUACAAGUGAGCUGCUGUCCAGCCGCCGGGCCCGCCGCAUUCCCAAGCUUGUCCAAAGAAUUAACUCCAUCUACAAUGCCAAGAGGGGAAAGAAGAGGUUAAAAAAGCUGUCUAUGUCCAGCAUUGAGACAGCAUCCCUGAGAGAUGAGAAUAGUGAGAGCGAGAGCGACUCUGACGACAGGUUCAAAGCCCACACGCAGCGCCUAGUCCACAUCCAGUCGAUGCUGAAGCGUGCCCCCAGCUAUCGGACCCUGGAGCUGGAGCUGCUUGAGUGGCAGGAGCGGGAGCUUUUUGAGUACUUUGUGGUGGUGUCCCUCAAGAAGAAGCCAUCCCGAAGCACCUACCUCCCUGAGGUCUCUUACCAGUUCCCCAAGCUGGACCGACCCACCAAGCAGAUGCGGGAGGCAGAGGAGAGGCUCAAGGCCAUUCCCCAGUUUUGCUUCCCUGAUGCCAAGGACUGGCUCCCUGUGUCAGAGUAUAGCAGUGAGACCUUUUCUUUCAUGCUGACUGGGGAAGAUGGCAGCAGACGCUUCGGCUACUGCAGGCGCUUACUGCCAAGUGGGAAAGGGCCGCGGUUGCCAGAGGUAUACUGUGUCAUCAGCCGUCUUGGCUGCUUCGGCUUGUUUUCCAAGGUCCUAGAUGAGGUGGAGCGCCGGCGUGGGAUCUCUGCUGCGUUGGUCUAUCCCUUCAUGAGAAGUCUCAUGGAGUCGCCUUUCCCUGCCCCAGGGAAGACCAUCAGAGUGAAGACGUUCCUUCCAGGUGCAGGCAAUGAGGUGCUAGAGCUGCGGCGGCCCACAGAUUCCCGGCUGGAGCACGUGGACUUUGAGUGCCUUUUUACCUGCCUCAGUGUGCGCCAGCUCAUCCGCAUCUUUGCCUCACUGCUGCUGGAGCGCCGGGUCAUUUUUGUGGCAGAUAAGCUCAGUACCCUCUCCAGCUGCUCCCAUGCGGUGGUGGCCCUGCUGUACCCCUUCUCCUGGCAGCACACCUUCAUUCCUGUCCUCCCGGCCUCCAUGAUUGACAUCGUCUGCUGUCCCACCCCCUUCCUGGUUGGCCUGCUCUCCAGCUCCCUGCCCAAAUUGAAGGAGCUACCUGUGGAGGAGGCGCUGAUGGUGAAUCUGGGAUCUGACCGAUUCAUCCGACAGAUGGAUGACGAGGACACGUUGUUACCCAGGAAGUUGCAGGCAGCUCUGGAGCAGGCUCUAGAAAGGAAGAAUGAACUGAUCUCCCAGGACUCUGACAGUGACUCUGAUGAUGAAUGUAAUACCCUCAAUGGGCUGGUAUCAGAGGUGUUCAUCCGUUUCUUUGUGGAGACUGUUGGGCACUACUCCCUUUUCCUGACCCAGAGUGAGAAGGGAGAGAGAGCCUUUCAGCGAGAAGCUUUCCGCAAGUCUGUGGCCUCCAAGAGCAUCCGCCGUUUUCUUGAGGUUUUUAUGGAGUCUCAGAUGUUUGCUGGCUUCAUCCAAGACAGGGAGCUAAGAAAGUGUCGGGCAAAGGGCCUCUUUGAGCUGCGAGUGGAACAGUAUUUAGAGGAACUCCCUGACACUGAGCAGAGUGGAAUGAAUAAGUUCCUUCGAGGUUUGGCGCAGCCGAAGCGGGCCCUGAAGGACUGCAAAGCUGGCAGAGACCUCCGCCCUGAUGGGAGCUGACAGCCCACGUGGACCAGGACCCGAAUCAAACCUCUCGCCUCCGGCGGAAGCUUCCCCGUCGCGUGACACGGGC